CUUGUCUCCGCCGUUUGCUAUAUUCCGGCUACCGUCGAUAUUUUCACAAAAUGGCGGGAUCCAAGUACCAGUAUGUUAAGAAUUUUGAAUUACCUGACCCCCUUCUUCCGGGAACAUUUAUGGUGUACCGUUUAGAUGGCCAUAGUUUUCAUCGAUUCUCUGAUGAACAUGAAUUCUCAAAGCCUAAUGAUUUGCGCGCAUUGCGUCUUAUGGACCACGCUGCACAAAAAUUAAUGGAAGAAUACCCUGAUAUCGUCCUUGGUUUCGGUGAAUCAGAUGAAUACAGUUUUCUCCUCAGAAAAUCGACUUCACUUUAUAAUCGCAGACAAUCUAAAAUUGUUUCUACUUUGACCUCUUAUUUUACGUCUUGCUACGUAUUAUAUUGGCCUACCUUCUUUCCGGACUCGCCUCUGCGCUACCCUCCGUCCUUUGACGGAAGGGUCGUACUGUAUCCGGGUGAAAAGGAGAUACGCGAUUACUUUGCCUGGAGGCAAGCCGACACGCACAUUAACAACCUGUAUAAUACCACAUUUUGGGCGCUUGUUCAGCAGGGUGGAGAAACCACUACACAGGCUCACGCGACCUUACGGGGUACGAUAUCGAAAGAGAAGAAUGAGAUCCUGUUCUCCAGGUUUCAGAUCAACUACAACGAUAUUGACCCGAGAUACCGAAAGGGAAGUGUUGUAGUGAGAACAGAGGUUCCUGAGGAAGAGGCACCAGACGAGACGGAGCAGCAGAAGAAGAAGGCGAAGAAGAAAGCGAAACCGCGCACGAGAAUCGAUGUUAUUCAUUGCGACAUUAUCAAGGACCAGUUUUGGAAUGAAAGACGGAUUCUAGAGGAGUAGAGGACUCAAUAGAAUCAUGUUUAGUAUGUUCCCAGAUUGUGAGCGUUUUGAAACGGCCUGGUCGUGUCUUGUCUCUGGGGAAGGCCCAAUUCUUUCAUGUCUCAUUCAGCAAACGCGCACCCCGCAGUGUCCAAGGUGAAUGUCUUUGAUGAGAUAAAUUCUCGGAGCGUCAUAUGGUGUUAUGUACAGUGGUUAGAAGAAUAUAUUUUACAGGUUGAAG